AUGAGCUCUCAAAUUUUCUUGGUGCCCUUCUUUGUUUUUCUUACACCCAUUUUGUUUUUUUUAUUGAUCAAGCAAAGGAAGACGCUUGCUGAUCAAGCAAAGAGGCUCCCUCCUGGUCCUACCAAGCUGCCUCUUAUAGGCAACCUCCACCAGCUUGGUGACUUCCCACAUCGAUCAUUUCAACACCUUUCUGAUAAACAUGGACCACUCAUGUUCUUGCAACUAGGCUCAAUACCCACUUUAGUAAUCUCCUCUGCCGGCAUGGCAAGAGAGAUUUUCAAAACGCAUGAUCGUAUUUUUUCAGGCAGGCCUGUACUAUUUGCUGCAAAGAAGUUUAGUUAUAAUAAUUCUACAAUGUCGUUUGCUCCCUAUGGAGAGUAUUGGAGGGAGAUCAGGAAGCUUGUAAUCUUGGAAAUACUCAGCGCAAGGAGGGUCCAAACAUUCCAGAUUGUGAGGGAAGAAGAGGUUGCACUUAUGAUUGACUCUGUAGCUGUUUCUUUUAAUCCUGUCAAUCUAAGUGAAUUGACACUUUUGCUGACAAACAACAUCGUUUGCCGGGCUGCUUUUGGUAAGAUUUAUGAUGGUGGCCAAGGAGGAGUUUAUGAUAUUAUUCGUGAAUCACAAGAAUUAUUGGGAGGAUUCUGCAUUGCAGACUUCUUUCCAUGGAUGGGGUGGCUAAACAAGUUCAAUGGUCUUGAAACAAGGCUAGAAAAGAAUUUCAGAAAAUUGGAUGAGUUGUAUGAAAAUGUGAUUGAAGAGCACCUUGAUCCAACAAGGCCUGAACCUGAGCAUGAAGAUCUUGUUGAUGUACUGCUCCGACUUCAGAAGGAUUCCAAUCAGGCUAUUGCCCUCGAUAAUGAAAAAAUCAAAGCUGUUCUCACUGACAUGUUCUUUGCAGGUACUGACACAUCUUCAACCAUACUAGUAUGGAUAAUGGCUGAGCUGAUAAGGAAUCCAUCUGUAAUGCAAAGAGCACAAGAUGAGGUAAGAGAAGCUGUGAAGGGAAAAGCAAAGGUGGAAGAAAGUGACCUCCAGAAACUCAUGUACCUAAAGCUAGUUGUGAAGGAGGGAUUCAGGCUUCAUCCACCAGUCCCAUUACUUCUUCCAAGGGAAACUAGUGAGAGUUGCACGAUUGAAGGGUACCAUAUCCCUGCAAAAACAAGGGUGUUUGUCAAUGCAAGAUCAAUAGGAAGGAAUCCAGAGUAUUGGAAGAAUCCAAAUGAGUUCCAACCAGAGAGAUUCUUGGAUAGCUCGAUUGACUUUAGAGGACAACACUUCGAGUUGUUGCCAUUUGGGGCUGGGCGUAGGGGUUGUCCUGGGAUAAACUUUGCAGUCCAGAUAGUUGAGCUUGCACUAGCAAAUCUCCUGCUUCGUUUUGAUUGGGAACUUCCUCAUGGAUUGAGAAGAGAAGAUCUUGAUAUGGAAGAAGCUUUUGGGCUUACAGUGCACAAAAAGCUUCCUCUUUGCCUCGUAGCUAAGCCUUUGUAAAAGCAUCUCCGACAAUGAAGUUAGUUUAGCUACUCAAAAACUCAUCUCUUUUAUUA